CAUUGCUCUGGUGACAGAUCAACGAUUACUCAGUGAAGCUAAAGCCAACAACCCGGCCGACGGCUAGCUGCUACAGUAAACGGUCACGUAAAGUGACCCCACUCCCAAACUACAAUCUGUUUGAUCUGCGUGUCCGUUCGUUACUCUUUAAGUGGAGAUAGCUGUGCGUCUUCAGCAUCGCUGUGGCUUCCGUUAACAGAAAGCUAAAGCUAAACCGCAGCACAGCCUACGGAAAUACUCUGCUAACACCACAGUUUCUCUUUGCCUGCGUUUAACGACACCUGACGCGGAAACCGAAGCCGACUCACAGAAAAUGAAAUUCUGUGGGCUGUGGAAAGAGACCCUGGUUUUGGCCGAGGACUACCUGUCCUUUUGCUGCACGAGUCCACAUCAAGCCCCUCCACCUCCCAGCGAAUCAGCCGCUGCCAUGAGGCGUCUAGGCUGGGACAUCGAAAGACAGCACCAAGCUCGCUUCGACAACCUCGCUCAGACCUUCCUGGUGCAGUGUGGACCGGACCACUGCCUCAGCCUCAGAAAGGUGAUGAAGGAGCUGGUUGGAGAUGGACACUUGAACUGGGGGAGGGUUGUUUCUCUUUUCGCCUUUACUGGAGUGCUGGCCAGAAAGAUCCUGGAGCAGAAGCCGGGGCUGGACCCUCGUCAACAGCAGGAACUGGGACAGGAGCCCAUGAGCUGCAGAAGGCUGGCAGAGACCAUAGCUGAUUACCUGGGAGAAGAGAAGAAAGACUGGCUGUUGGAUAAUGAUGGAUGGGAAGGCUUCUGUAAGUUCUCCCGCAGUGCCAGAGAAGUGAGCCAGGACUCAUCCAUGAAGAAAGCGCUGUUUGCUGCCGCCGGUGUCGGCCUUGCUGGGCUUACCUUCCUCUUGGUGCGCUAGCUGGCAUUCUCCACACUUGAUGCAUCCACAUAUUUUAAAAUUCGGCACGAUUUCGUAAACGUUGGACAACGUCCGGCGACCACUCUGCAAAAAAGGGCCCUCUGUAGUGAAAGAACGUUAUUUCACGAUGUUACAGUAAUGUUUGCACAGUCUCAGAGCCCCUUAAAACUGACAUUCGUCGCUUGCCCCUAAAGAUUGUAAAACCAAUUUGAAUGCCUUUGGAAAUGUUGCAGUGAGUGAGAUCAGUUUACAUAUCCUGGCUGAUUUUUUUUUUUCUUUUUUCUUUUCUUUUUCUUGCAGUGAAGGUAAAAAGCUUCAGAUUUUGAUUUCAUGAUCCUCUGCCCCUCUUUUUUUUAUGGUAUAGAGGCAUUCCAGAGUAAAAUGUAAAAUUUAAUAUAUUGUAUUUAUAUGAAACCAGUACACUGCAGUCUGCCGUUUGUCCUGAAUUCAUAUGAACUGUAUAAUUUUUGCAAGAUCAGCAACGCUGUUCUGUACUCCCAUGCAACGGUGCUAGAUAAAACAUUUCUUUGUCAACUUACCAAAAAGCAGGGACCAUUCUGAAUACAAAUAGAUUACUCCUGGGAAAAAAAUAAAAUUCCUCCAAAUUAUA